AUGAUCGAUUUUUUUAAACGACAAUUUCGACAUCGAAAUUCUUAUGAACAAUUUUAUGAUGAUAUUAAUAGAAAUUAUAAAAGCAAAUUUGAUCUUAUACGUUUAAGUGCUGUUGUAUGUGGUAUUGAAUUUUGUUAUGCGGCCGAAACAGCUUUUGUUUCACCUAUUUUACUUCAAAUGGGUUUACCAGUUAUGUUUAUGACUUGGGCAUGGUGUUUACCACCAUUAAUUGGUUUCUUUCUUGUACCAGCACUUGGUUCACUUAGUGAUAAAUGUCAUACACGAUUUGGACGACGACGUCCAUUUAUAUUUCUUUAUUCAAUUGGUAUUUUGAUUGGUCUUUCAUUAGUUGCAAACGGUCGUGUUAUGGGACAAUGGUUUGGUGAUAUAAAAAAUGAAUUUAUUAAUAAUACUCAAUUAGUCAAUGAAACUAAUAUAAAAAAUCAAAAACAUUUGAAUCCAUUAUUAUCACAUAAAUAUGGUACAACAUUAACUUUACUUGGUGUUAUUUUACUUGAUCUUGAUUGUGAUGCGUGUCAAAGUCCAAGUCGAGCUUAUUUACUUGAUGUUACGGAUCCUAGUCAACAUUCAUCAGGUCUUACAACAUUUACAUUCAUGGCUGGUUUUGGUGGUUGUUUAGGAUAUUUUCUUGGUGGAAUUCCGUGGGAACAUACAUUUUUAAAGAAUGUAUUUGGUGAUCAUAUUCAUGUUCUAUUUACAUUAGUUUGGAUUAUUUAUGUCAUUUGUAUGAUUUCGACAUUAACAGCAUCAAAAGAACCAAGUGAUGUUACUAUUGCAAUGCCAAAUCUUACUCGAUCAACAUCAUGUCAAUUUAUUGUUUCUUCAACACAUAUUUAUGAUGAUGAUAAUGAUCAAGAUCCAUAUGAAUCAUCAUCAAGAAAUAAUACAAAAGUAUCAUAUUUUGAUUAUAUACGAUCGAUUAUUUAUAUGCCAUCAUCAUUGAGAUGGCUCUGUUUAACAAAUUUCUUUUGUUGGAUGGCAUUAGUUUCAUAUUCACUUUUUUUUACGGAUUUUGUUGGGCAAGCUGUUUUUGGUGGAAAUCCAAAACUUGAUUAUAAUCAUCCAUUACGUUUAUUAUAUAAUGAUGGUGUUCGAUUUGGUUCAUGGGGUAUGUCAGUUUAUUCAAUAUCAUGUUCUAUUUAUUCAUAUAAUAUUCAAUCUCUUAAUAAUUAUUUUGGUAUUAAACGAGUUUAUAUUGGAUCUCAAGUAAUCUAUGCAAUAGGAAUGCUAUUCAUGGGAUAUUUAAGACAUCGUAUUGGUGUUAUUGUUUUAUCAGCUGUAGCUGGUAUACUCUAUUCAACAUUAUUUACUAUUCCAUAUUUACUUAUUUCACAAUAUUAUACAUCAAAUACGUUCGAUCAAUCGCAUGGAUUCAAUAGCAAUGGACAAGUUCGUGGUAUUGGUACAGAUAUUGCUGUUGUGAGUAGUAUGGUCUUUUUGGCACAAUUAUGUUUAUCAUCAACAAUGGGAACAUUAGUUCAUUUAGCUGGUUCGACAGUUAUUGUAACAGUUGUCGCUAGUUUUCUUAGUAUUUGUGGUGCCAUAUCGGCAACACAAGUUUUAUAUAUAACAUAG